AUGGACUUGAUGAGCUUUUAUGCAAUUCCCCCACCGGUUAGGCAGCAUCAAGAGGAAGUGAACAACAUUGGUGGAAACUUCGUGUAUAACGUCUAUCAAGGAGCUCAAUACCAGCCUAAUCAACAAUUCUAUCCCAAGGGAGUCCAUCAGGUGGAGCAUCCCUUCACUUUCCCUCAAGCUGUUGCACCGGCUCAACAAGAAGAGAAAAAGUUUGGAUCUCUCUCCUCUCAUGUCCAGAAUUUGGGGGUUCAAACAGUCCAAACCGCGGAAGCCGUAGAGAAACAAAAUGAGGUAACCCCUACAACAUUUUGUAGCAUUGUCUCACCUAAGGAGGACCAGCUCGUCCCUGUACCUACCCGAUCUCAAGAAGUAGAAGAAGAAGCUGAGCCUAAGGAGAGCCAAAACCCGGAGAAGUUUCCAUGGGAGUCAAAGAGAGCAUACAAGAGAAGGCUUGUGAACAAGCCAUUGCCAAAGCUAGAAGAUCCGGGGAAGUUUGUGAUUCCUGUUUCUAUCAAUGGGUGUGAAAUCAAUGACUGCCUAUGUGAUACUGGAGCUAAUGUGAAUCUCAUGUCUUAUGCAUUAGCAAGAGAUUUGGGAUUCAAACAUUUUAAAGAUCCUAAGGCAAAGAUGGAGUUCGCGGAGCAUUCAUGUGUGGAGCCCUAUGGAGUUAUAGAAAAUGUUAUGCUGGAGAUAGGAGGUCGCCUAGUCCCUACUUAUUUCCAAAUCAUGGUAUGGGAAGGAUCAAAGAGGAACCAGCUGCUACUUGGAUCACCUUUCUUAGCCUCAGCCGGUGCACUCAUAGACUUCAUGAGAAACUGCAUGUCACUAGGAAAUAUUCAACAAGAUGUUUUCUAUCAAAGCAUCGACUUCAAGACAGCACCAAGAGCGAUAAAACUACCACCAGAGAAGGCUACUAAGAUACCAAAGACGGGAGCCAUGUUGCCUAAAGACCCCAAGCAGAGUGAGCCCCAAAACCGAAGGUGGCCAUGA